UGUUCUUGUUCCAAAAUGAGAACGUAACCACAAUCCAGCUGCGCCACCGGCUUUCCUUUGUUUUGUACUUCGGCCUAAUUUCAUUUUUGAGCACUACUGCACUUUCUUGGGCUUCUAGUACUGGUUCACCACUUUGACGAACGUACUUUUUCCAAGAAAAAAAAAGCAGAAAUAGAGAACCGAUCAUGCUGCGCAAAAAGAUGUUGGCAAACACCACGACGGCGCUCGUCGCUGUUGCGGCGGGCCACGGGGAGUUUCGUUCCGUUUUCGGAAAAAUGCGACUCCACAAGGCCCAGCCCAUGGGUCCAAUACCUCCGAGCGGCGAUAGCUUCCACCUCGAGAAGAUGAACGACGAAGAAGAUGGCUUCAAUGCGAUCGAUUUUGCCGACCUCGCCCGCGAUGAGCCCGCGGGCAGGACGCCGGCCGCUCCGUCCAUGCAGAUGUGGGAGCAGCUGCCUCCGAGUGACGCUUUUCAAAGCGCAAAGGAGCGCCUGGACGGGGCGAUUCGCGAGGAUGAAGAGGAGGAGAAUUCUUCACUCGUCGGGGGAGAUGAAGAAGACCACGAGCAAAUGGAUGUCGAUGAGGAGGUGGAACAAAAUACGGUUGAUGAUAAACUGUCGCCGAGAACCACGGGUACUAGUAGCACGCCAUCAACAUCAGCGCCGACUCCAACACCUGCCACAGUUCAUCUUCCUGCGGGCUUCGUGUUGUCAAAAUCUUCCGGAGGAGGUGUUGGCGCACCAAGAGCUGCUGCGACUGGUGGCGCAGGUUCCUCUCCUACUGCGUCUUCCUCCACAACUUCUGUAGUUUCCUCGGGAGGUCCGCGCGUGCUCGGCACGCUUUCGAUGGAAGACGCCCUGCUGGCGGGCACCGAGAAGCUCCGCGCGGCGCGGUUGCGGUACUACUCGCGCGAACGUAAGAUGGAGGGCGCGCGGCAGCGGGAAACUAGCACGGCGCGCCUGGAGCGGCAGCACGGCGGCGCGGGGACCGCGGAAGAAUUUGUGCGGAACGUCAAGAGGGAGCCGGAGUUCUCGGCCGGAGUGACCCGCGAAAUGCAGUUUGUGCUGCGGAACCGGUUGGAGCACGCCGGAGUGGUGGUGCCACAGUCUACUUCCUCUGGUAUGAACUGCAAAAGUAUCGUAUUAGUAGCUUCUAGUAGUAAUUGCAAUACAAAUUAGCCCAGCAUGACAAAUGGAAUUUGUCAUCUUGUUUUGCCUUGGGAUGGAGAUUUGUAAUGCAUGACUGCGAUUACAACUACGAGUGCGAUACUUUUGCACAGGAUAUCUGGAACGGCGCGGAAACGGGCCGCGAAUCUGAGUGUCGGGGUAGCGCAGCUGCGAGGAGCUUAUGUUGGAAGGGGUCAACAACAUGAUCAUCCGCGCAUGGCUUCAACGUGUUCCUCGGAGAAAGAGGAGGAAGACGAGCUGUGUGGCCUGUUUGGGACAAAGUGCGCAGUAAAUAAAAUAGUACACACUGAUAAUGAAACGAGGAAACCAUUAACAUUAUCCGCUGAUGAUGUGACCACGGGAACCGAUGGUAAUGAACCGAUGGGGGAACACGAACAAGACCAGGCGGUCUUUCGUGUUGAACAAAGUGUUGACCAAGGAGAAGGACCACUUUUUCAAAAUACACAAGAAAUCCGAGGUGGACAACGAUCACGGGAGAACAGCAACAUUAAAGCCGACCUGCGCCGCGCGUCUUCCGCAACACGGCGAAGCAAAAACAAGGGCCUGCUUGUUGAUGUUCAAGGAGGAAAGAGUCCCAAGCUGCCAAGUACGGUUGGGGAACAAGAACGGGAAAACAAUAAGUCCGCAGCCUCUACUAAUCCCACUUCUCCUGCUCCGGGUUCCCACGGCAGCACAUCAAGUAGUACCACAGAGCUCUUCGCACGACUGCAGGCACAGCGGGAGCGGAUCGCAAGCCAGGAAGCUGCGGGAGGGGUCGUCGGUGUAGAACAAACCGGUAUCACAGCAAGGACUGGUGGUCAUCGAGGUGGCUAUCUGGCAGCAGAUGAAGAAAACGCAGGCGUCAGCGGCCGCGAGUGCGCCGAGCUGUCCACGAUGCUGUCCGCCCGGCGAAGAACGAUGCAGGCCGGAGAUCUUCAUGGAGGUGAACAGCCUGGUGUGGACUAUGGUGCUGACGAACCAGCAUUCAGUGCCGACGUGGAGGAGCUGGCGCGAUCGCGUAUGAAUCGCAUCGGUUGCAGCAAAAAAACGGCUCGGAGGGCAGGUGCUCCGGAGCAUGAUGUGAGGAGCCGCACUGCAACGUCCCAGGGCCCGGCCAGUCGCGAGCUCGCGAUGAAGCUCGAGCAUCGGUUGGCAAUCGAGCGAAACUGGAAUCCGCUGGUUACUGUGGUACGUGUUGUAGUAGUACUUUACGCCCAGAUACUUAAAUGAUAAUAAAGAGUGCUUCAACAGUAAAAGAGAGAGACCACAACAUUUCAGAUUUUCAAUUUGAUUUUGUUCCCGUUUGUGGUAGUUGUGAUCAACAAUAAAACCCCCGCUGGCCUUUUCUGCAGUUAUUUGAAGAAGAUCUACUUCCCCGCGGCCAACGAUUUUCUUCAAAUGACCCAGAACAACAUCGAUCUUCAACUUCCAUCACACCACAGGGCUUUCGCAAACAGCAAGAGGCCGACCCGGACAUUGUGAAGUUUGUGAAGCUAUCAAAUGCAAAAAUGUCUGGGUCUGGAAGAAUGCAGACUUGUCAUGCAUAUUUUCCAUGCCCCAUGACUAUGACAUCUGGAAUGCAGGACCUAGCAUGACAGAUUCUGCGAAGUCUCUAUCAUGCCUCUCCUGAAUGAGAAACUCCCGCUCAUGUUGGUCAAAAAAGGACAACUUUCGGUAAUCACGCAACACAGACUUUUGUGUGACCCACAGGACGCAUCACAAGUUCCAUCCUUCCAGACCCAGACACUUUUGCAUUUGAUAGAAGCAGUUGACUGAGGAGCUCGACCCGGCCACGCGGCGCGAACGCUUCGACGAGCGCAUAAAGCUGGAGCGAGGGAAGAUGGAACGUGACCUGCAACAGGUGAACAAGUUUCUGGAAAAGAAAUUGGUGAAAUCGCGCGAGACGUUGGACAAACUGCUCGCGGACCGGAAGUAUCAUCUGCAAAAGUAUCGUACUCGUACUAAAACUAAUCGCAGCACAGCAUGACAGAUCUGGCUUUCUACCUAAUUCCCCAUGACAGGUUUCGUUCUUCCUUCGUUCUGAAAAAAUUUGUGAUGCAGCUUAUUCCACUAGUACGAUAUUUUUGCAAUGCAUAAGAAGCAGUUGGGCACCCUGCGGAUCAAGUACCUACAGGACGCUCUUGACAAACUCCCGGGUGGAAAAGGCGGGUUUUACGAGAAGCUCCGUCCCUGGUUUUUGGCCUCCACCAACACGGACAAGGCGGAUGCCCUGAUCGCCCAGCAGAGUGCGCCCCUGCUCUCGGCCAGUCAGAAGAGAGCCAAAGAAGCAGAGCUGGCGAGGAGCAGUGGUUCUUCGGCUUCCACCUCCACCUCGGGCUCCGCUUCUGAUCCGAGCGUCGGGCAAGGACAAGAGCCAAGAAAAGUGCUCGCGGAAAAGACGAAGGAUGUAGCUGCUCCGGGAGCCAAACCUUUGCCGUAGGAGGCACGAAACGCCUCCGAAAAUUUCUGGUGGCGGCGUGGUGUGAACAGAACAUCAUCAGCGGGAGGUGGAUGAACGAUGGUGCUGCUAAAAAACAACAGCGAGCGGUGGGUGCUGAACCUGCGGAGUUGCUCACUUCUCUUCUUUUUGAGAGAAUCUUUUUGUCAACGACAAUUGAAAAAAUAAUGAAGCAAACAACAUGUACGUCUUUGUCUUUCAAGUAGAUCAAACGUCACUACGGUUAUGGGUAAGUAGCCAUCGAUUGGCGAAUCGGGCAACUCUGUGAUACGAAACGCCACAGGUGGCGCCCCUGCUUCUAUUCUCCGAAAUUGCGCUAGUACAAUAUGUAAACCAACGACAUUUUGCUUUCUUCUUGAGCGCCAGUACGCUCGUAGUAAUACAUGAACAAAAUUUUGCUACUAAGGUGAAAAUAAUGCGAGACAUCGUGAAAAAUAUGUUGCAAGAAUGUAUCAGCCAGAACCGUUCUGAUUUUUCACUGACACGCCAAUCCUUUGCGAGUUGCCUGCGGGUGCAGAAGCGUCGGAGUUAAAAAAACGAAAAUCUUGCUGUAGCGGCAGGUUGUAUAAGGAAAAACUAGUACUAGCACACUUGUAGGUCAUGUUGAGAAUAUUCUGACGUGAUGAAGCUAUACCAACACUUUUUUGCAAACUGCUAUCCAACUGUAAUGUAACCAUACACUCAAAUGAAUAUUCGCAUUAGAAGUCGUGGGCUGGGAAAGAAAUAUAAAUCAGACAGUAGCAGGCCACCCUUGUAGCGUCUUUGCGGUGCUGCUGCCUCACCACGAGCACGGUUCUCAGCGAUCCUCGCGCAGCUGCAAAAUGCCACUUCAAUAAUGCCCUUUUGUGCGAUAUCGAAACACACGACAGAUGAAUUUCGGGACAUGUGGUUGUCUUUCGUUCCUUUGCUCGUUUUGUUGGAUGAUAAACAUAAAGCCGCUGGAGCAAGAAAUAACGCCCUGCUGCUCGUCGGGCGACCAGAACCAGAAGAU